UAAUAUGAAACACGUACACAUAUGCGAAACGUCCAAAGCUGGUGUCCGAAGUGGUAAAAAUAUUAGUGUGCGAUGUUGUCAAUGUACGGAGUGUCUUGUACAGUAUCCGACGGAAAACGCUUUUAGCUAAGAGGAAAAACCUUCGUAAGUACCUUCCUGAAUCCGGCCCCAGUUGUCCCAGAAAGUGGUACGACUGUACGAGUUGAACAUAAUCAGUUGUCCCAGAAAGUGGUACGACUGAACGAGUUGAACAUAACCAGUUGUCCCAGAAAGUGGUACGAGUUGUCCGGAGCGAGCGAGCGAGCUAGCGAACGGACUCGAUUCGUAAUUUGUGAGCGCGGGUGUAAGUGGUCAACAGCAGCCAUGGGCGAGGAGUACGAGAGGAAGAGGAUAUCCACCAAUCCUUUCCUGUACACGGACGGCAGCCUGGUGGAGGAAGACGUGUUGCAGGCUGGCCUGGAGGGUAAUGGUGGGUCCACUGAGGGAUCCAUAGCCUCCACCAUCACAGGCGACACAGACCAGACGCCCCUGGCGGAGAUUCCUCAGAGACAGAUGUGGGCCGUGAGCCGCGGCGCCGUCACCAUGUCCAUUGAUGUCGACGAUGAGAAGUUACAGACAAUGACUGGCUCCUACUCUGAAAUUUUGGAGCGGCCAUUGCUGGGACAGCGUAUUGCUGAAGAAGAUGAGCAGGGAGAUGAGCAAGAUGAUGUGGCUAGAGAUGAGAUGGAUGCCAUUACUCCUGUGUGCUCUAACAUGGACCCAGUUCAAGCUUUUCUUACUCAGGAGCGCCUAAGUGCUUUCAUGGCUCAUGAUGACUCUCUUGGAGAAGCUCCAGAAUACGGAACAGAAAUAUCACGUCAUGACUGCCAGGAACGACCUUGGUCUCUUAAAGUGGGGAGAUGCAGCCCGGAUCAAGCAGAGUCAAUGCUACAGGGUGCUGGAAUGGUUACCCGACAGGGAGACAUCAUAUCCUUCGUGGCCGAUGAUCUUCACAACAAAAUAAAGCUCUCAAGCCCAGUGUCAAAGAGUGUGACAUCUUUCCCAGGAUCGAGAAGUUCAACCCCAAGUUUGUUACGGGCAGCAUUAGCCCCUCAAGUGCCACCCAUUGAUCCGUCAAUUAUAAAUGAUAUAGAAACACAUGCCAGGCAUAUUGCAACAUCUGUUGACACACUUAUUGAAAAUCUCACUGGAACUCUCCAUAGUAUUUCGGCACUAACCGUAGACUGUGUUGAGACAUACCGAGAUGCGGUGUGUAAAACCUGCGAUGCUGUUGAUGCAAAUAUUAAGUCCAUGUAUCAGCUGAUGGCUAAAACAGAAGAACUAAGCAAGUCAAUGAAACCUAUUUACAAGCUACAAGAUCAAAUUAAGGAAGUGAGGCGACUUCUCGAUAUGUUCGAAAAUAUUAUCCAUUCCAGUGGAUCAUGAAAUUCUAAGUACAGUACAGCGAAUAAAUUACUUAAACAGAAUUCAGCAAACUAAUUUGCCAGUGAUCUCUCUGUGUGAUAAAAAAUUAUGCACUUAAGUAGAGUAAUGACAAAAUAUACAGCACUGUAUAUUUAAUACUAAGAAAUUUCAGUGAGGCACAAAAGUGUCUUGUGAAUGGAAUAUAAAUUUAGGUAAAAGUGAUACAUCUAAUAAUGUUAUAUCACUGAUUGAUCAGGUGAUUAAAUUAUAUCACUGAUACAUCAGAUGAUACUGUAAUGCAAGUUGUGAUUCUGCCAUAUUAUUUUAAGUUAAAUGUGCUAAUUUCUUCAGUUGUUUACAAUAAGUAAAGGUUAAUGCACAUUCAGUUUAUUAUGAGAGUGUACACCUUUAUUAUUAUGCUCAGAUCAACCUCUAAUAUUACAAUAAAUAUAUAUAAUGGAGAUAUUAAUUAAAUUUUCUCUUGAGUAAGAGUGCUUUGAUUAUAUUUAUCAAGUAUUGAUCUCAUACAAACUCUAAAGAUAUAUUUAAAGGGAAGAUGCUAUGCAUUGUAAUAAACUAGCAUUGACUGUAAUGAAAUGCCAAUUUCUGGGGGAGCUCCAGUGGCUCCCUGAAGCUACUAUCACUGAUAGUGUGCCAUCUCCCAGUAGUACAAUCGAGUUUGUUAGCGACUCAGUCGAGAAUUCAGGGUUUGAAUCCAGGUCAGCACAGAAAUGGUUGGGCUUGUUUCCUUUCACCUCAUGCAGUAAACCUAGCUCAUGCUAUGUCACUCAUUCAUGUCAACCUAGCAGUAAAUAGGUACCCAGGAGUCGGCUUGUUGUGAGGUUGCAUCCUGGCCGGGAUCAGUAAUUUGACCCUGGAGCGGGAAGAUGGGGGGGGGGGGGCUCGGUAUAAGCUUAACAUGUAAUGUCUGUAUAACCUGUUUUCUUGUCCGGUGACACAAUGAAUUAUUAUGAAUUAUCUACUGGGUUGCAUCAGCUGCAGAGUUCUAUUUGGCCUAACAGGUCCAAAAGCCAGAACCUGGCCUCCUCACAGAGGCAAAGAGAGCAGUGGCAUAUAUUUAUUUAUGGAACUUUAUUAUAUAUUAUUUAUGGAUUACAUGGAGCAGCCUGUGGGCUGCUCUGUGUUAUCAUAACUUGGAUAACUGUGUUAUCAUAACUUAUCAUAACUUUGAUGCGGCUGCAAGCAGCCGCAUCAAACAGCCUAGUGGCAUAAAUAUAUAAAUAAAUGCCACUACUCCCUUCUCCUCUGUGAAAGGACCAGGUUCUGGCUCUUAGUUCCAGGUAGGCCAAAUAGAACUCUGUGGCGGAUGCAACCCAGUAGAUGGUAUAAUAUCAGUGAUACUAGCUGUAUUAAUAAUUAAUAAUCUGUAAUAAACUAUAGUACAGUGUAUAUUUUUAUAAUAAAUGUGAAAUUUAU